AUGACGAACACAAAAUUUGGUUCAAAAACAGUAUUUGUAACGGUGGGAACAACAAGGUUCGACAAUUUAGUGCGUCAAGUUGUUUCCGAUGAAAUGUGCCAGAAAUUUCGUCAAGCUGGUUUCAAACGAAUGAUAGUACAAACUGGAUCAAGUCCCAUUCCAAUCCAGACACAGGUUUGUGGAUUAGAUGUGCAUUGCUAUGAUUAUAAAUCUUCUAUUCAUGAAGACAUAAAAAAUGCUGAUCUUGUGAUCAGUCAUGCAGGUGCAGGCACUGUUCUAGAAACUUUGUCCCUUGGGAAACCACUCAUCACAGUUGUAAAUGAAAAGCUGAUGAACAACCAUCAAAUGGAAUUGGCUCAACAAAUGCACAAAGAUGGGCAUUCAUUGUAUUGUACCUGCAGUACCCUCCAAGAAACAUUGGCCAAGAUGGAUGUAGAAUCUUUGCACCAAUUCAUUCCUGGGGAUCCUACCAAAUUUGCAUUACCAUUAUUUGAAAUAAGUUCUUUACACACCCACUCUGCCUAUAAAAUGGGUCUCCCACUCUUUUAUGGUGGCCCAGCAGUGUUUAUAUACUUAUUGGAUGUAGGGAGUUACUUUUCUCUAUCUUUCUCUGUAUAA